AAUGGACAGAUAGUAAAUAAGGCUCGAUCAAUAUGGACAAAUCAGCUUACUACAUGAGCAACAAUCAAGUGGUCCAUAUUGCUCGCACCAUAAGUGCUCUUGCAAGAAAAUGCAUCUUCCAGUUACUCUCCGUCGGCCCUCUCCCAAAUCACAUUGCAUUCAUAAUGGACGGAAAUAGAAGAUACGCAAAAAAGCACAACUUGGAAGAAGGUUCCGGUCACAAUGCCGGUUUCUACGCCUUAAUGUACAUGCUCCAGUAUUGUUACGAGUUUGGCCUCAAAUACGUGACUGUUUACGCUUUUAGCAUCGACAAUUUCAAGAGGCGUCCAGAGGAAGUCAAAUAUGUAAUGGAAUUGAUGCAGGAAAAGAUACAAGGGUUAAUCGAAGAUGAGAGCAUGGUGAAUCGUUACGGUGUUAGGGUUUACUUCGUCGGAAACUUAAACCUACUUCCAAAGCCUUUAAGGUUGGCGGCUGAAAGAGCCAUGGAGGCCACAGCUGGAAACUCGAGAGCGGUUCUGUCGAUUUGUUUGGCUUAUACUUCUACGGACGAGAUUGUUCAUGCUGUGCAAGAAGCUUGUGAGACAAAUCAGAUGAAUGGAGAAAUUAGGUUAACAGAUGUUGAGAGACAUAUGUACAUGGCGGCGGCGCCAGAUCCAGAUAUCGUUAUACGUACGGCCGGUGAAACUCGGCUGAGCAAUUUUCUCCUGUGGCAGAGUUCGAAUUCGUAUUUAUAUUCGCCAUCUAUUCUCUGGCCGGAGAUUGGUUUCCGACAUCUAUUUUGUGGGAUCUUCAACUUCCAGAGAAAUGUCAGCUAUCUGCAGAUGGAAAAAAAGACGAAUUAGCGAAUCUGUUUGAUUCCGCGAUCAGCUUCAUGGACGAGGUUACUCAAUCCUUCUUGUUCUUGCAAUGUCCAAUCAAUCAAACGGCGGGGCCACAGUCCGCAAAUU